AUGGCGGCCACGGCGGCCGAGGAGCCGCAGGAGCCCCGACGGGGCGUCGACGGCGAGCUGAGCGGACUCGACCCCGGCCCCGGGUCGUGUGAAGCGGCGCCCGCCCGCGAACCGGUGCCCACGGAGAUGCCGGCGGCGGCGGAGGCGGAGUCCUCGUCGAUGAGAAAGCUUGGGCGGCUCUUCAGGCUCACCGAAGUGCACCUCUGGGAUGAUUUUUAUGUGAAGCCUCACGAUUGGCGUGCCACUGAGACGGUUGGUUGCACGGGAUCUCAAACAGCCAAAACCCGCAACAAAGCAGCCAAGCAGACAGAUGAAGACCAUUCAUUUGUUGAAGAUAUGGAAUUGGCUAGUCUCAUGGGUUCUUUGGGGCUUCCUGUUUCAUUCAGCACAAGGAAAGAGAAAAAGAAGACACCUGCCAAGGGUAAGCAUCAGGGACGACAAGCACCAUAUGAAGCGGCAAGUACUCCAAUGGAUGAUAAUGUAAGGACAUGCACAGAUUCUGAAGAACUGGAACACGUUCAGGAGUCGAUGGAUUGCAUGGAGCAAACAAACUCAUGCGUUUCAUCUAGGACUACUGCGGGUUACAGUGAAGCCUACCAUGGUGAUGUUGAAAAGACGCUUGGUGAAGUCAGUGUUAAUCAGUGUGAACCAAAUGGUAACAUGAGCAGUCCAGUAAAAUCAGGCUCUCCUGUUCAACAAAAUGAAGCUGCGGACAGUUUUAUGCAGUUGAACAAAGUGAUGCUGGGGCGAAAUUCUGUUGAUAAUGAAUCUAUAAUGUCCUGUGCUGAACUUUGUCAUGAAGAAAAAUCGUCUGAAAGAGAAGAUACAAUAUCUGGGGAGACUCCACUCACGUCCCAUGAUAAUGAUGAUCCAUGUCCAGCAGAACCAUCUCCUGUUAAUAAUCAUGUUGAAAACUCUGGCUCUGAUUUUUACUAUGAAUGCGGAGAUUGGCAGGUUCUUUGGGAUCAGUUCUAUAGUCGGUAUUACUAUUACAACAUCCUGACACAGGAAUCUACAUGGGAUCCCCCUCAAGGAUUGGAGGAUUUUGCAUCAUAUUGUAGCACAUAUUCAUCUCAAGGGUUGGAUGAACAAGUAUCACAACUGACAAGCACACUCGUGGAAGAACACAAUCAAAUCAAUGCAAAGCUUGACAAAUCAUCUGGAGUUUUAUCCUGUGUCAAGCAUUAUAUCUCACAACCUGAUGAAGAUGUUGUACAAUAUGGAGCUAACGCGAGCCCAUGUGACAAUGGAGAAACAACAUUUGAUCAGGCUGGUGACAACGGCCAUCUAGAUGAGCAGAGGCAUGAUCUUUAUUACAAUGAAGCACAAAGUUUAUCAGACAUUCCUGAUAAAGAGUCGAUAUAUCCAAGUGUGAUAGCUACCAUCGAUGAAGUACAAGAUGGUGAAAAUAUGCAGAAUGAUAGUUCAGUGGCUGAAGUGUUAGAAGUGAGCCAGGAAGCUACCACCACCAAAAAGAAAAAGAGAGUAAGGAGAUCUCAAUCGUCUCAUUCAUGUCAGGACUUGGCAGAAAACAUUUCCAAUGACAUCGCCAAGUAUUGGAAUCAGCGGUACUCGCUUUUCUCCCUUUUUGAUAGUGGUAUAAAGAUGGAUGAAGAGGGGUGGUUUUCAGUAACGCCAGAGCCCAUUGCAAAGCAUCAUGCAUCUCGUGUUGGUGCAGGCAUAUUGAUUGACUGUUUCACGGGAGUAGGUGGAAAUACCAUCCAGUUUGCCACAAAGUGUAAGCAUGUUGUUUCUGUUGACAUUGACCCACAGAAGAUUGAUUGUGCACAGCAUAAUGCAACUGUUUAUGGAGUCAAUGAUCAUAUAGACUUCAUUAUAGGAGAUUUUAUCCGUAUAGCACCUCAUCUGAAGGGGGAAACUGUCUUCAUGUCACCUCCAUGGGGUGGACCGGACUAUGCAAAAGUAGAUGUGUAUGACGUCAAAACCAUGCUUAAGCCUUGUGAUGGGUACCAUCUCUUCAAAGUUGCCACGGCGAUCGCUUCGAGAGUAGUCAUGUUCCUUCCUCGCAACAGUGACCUAGACCAGCUGGCGGACAUGUGCUUGUCGAUCGAUCCUCCAUGGGCGGUUGAGGUGGAGAAGAAUUACCUCAAUGGGAAGCUGAAAGCCAUAACGGCAUACUUUGAGGAACAGGGCAGCGCAGACGAAAACUGCACUCUUCGUGAACACCGAUGA